UUAGGUCUUGAUAUAUCAAUUUAUCAUGAUUCAAGGUGACAUACAGAAAAUGAUGCACCCGCAUUAUUUUUUAGAUAUAUUAUUAUGCUCUUUGUUUUUUGUCACAAAGCAUAUAUCACCUAUUUGUAAUUAUUUUUAUUCCUCUACUUCUUCAAUUAAAAAUAAUUUUAAUCCCUGCAUAAUGGAUUGGAGAGAAAAAGAAAUAUUAUUGUUUUUGGGAAUUUGCAUAACAUUUAAAGUUAAAAGAGAAACUAAUUAUAUAUCAGCUUUUAAAACUAUAACACGCUUUAUAAAAAUAGCAUCUAUUGCAUUACUAAUAAGAUCAGGUCCAUCUGCAAUUGUAUUAACAGCUAUAUAUAUAAUAACCUGUGUUUGCCAAUUUCUAUAUAUGCCACAACCUGCUAUAAAUUUAAAUAAAAGAAACAACAAUAUUCCCUUUGUAUUUGAACCUGCUGAUUUAAGGAUAGAAAUGGAAAAUUUAAAAUCAAAUUUAUUGAAACCAUCUGUUCAUCAGAAUUCCCAAUCAACAAAUACAAAGGAUACCAUAUGGGUCAUAUAUUAUUGGGCUUCAUGGUCUCCAGAAUGCAAAAAAUUUUCACCUAUAUUUAAUAAAAUUGCAAAUAAAUAUAGUAUAUCUGAAUCAACAUGUUUAAAUUUUGGCACAUUAGAUGUCUCCAACAUAAAUGAUGAGCUUCCUUUAGCUUACUUUGAUAUAGACUCAAGCAAAAUAUCUGAACAAAUACCUAGUAUUGUGCUUUAUAUAAAUGGAGUGGAAAAGAUUAGGAGACCUAGUUAUGAGGAUAAUUAUGACAAGAGCGCUAAAAAUUCUAAACGAUCACAACAUCCAAAAGUCGAUACUUAUUUUGGACGAUCUAUUGCAAGCUAUGACUUUAAUUAUGAAAAUGUGGUUGAAACCUUUAAAUUAGACAAAAUCAGUUCUAAAUUUAUGCAUUUUAAUUUUAUCUAGUCCAGAUAUUGUACCAAGCUACUUUAUUAUAUCAUAUUGUAUUCAGUUUCAAAUCAUUAAAUAAAAUACUUAAAAUAUUGUACUAUGUUUAAGCAAGACAUAAUUUCUGGAAACGGGGCAGAAAUGUUCCUGAUAAAAAGAUAGUAAUAAAAAAUAUCUCAAUUUUAAAAUAUUUAGAAAAAUAUGGAAUUUUCUUAAAAAUACUCAGGACCAGGAGCAAAUGUACGAGAAGUGUUGAAGUGGGAUUAGGAGUUAAUUAAUUAUUGAAGAUAGAAAAUACUUUUUUAUUUUAUAUUUAAAACUUAUAAUUAGGGCUGUGCCGAUAUUAAAUAUCGGAUUGGCACCAAUAUUUAGCGUUUUCCAAAAAUAUCGGAUCGGGUCGAUACCUAUAAAAACCGAUCCGAUCUUUUUACUUUUCUUUUUUUGUUAUGUAUGAUAUAAUAGUGUA